CCAGGUGAGCAGUGUGAUCCCGGGUGUUUUAACGGCUCGUGCUGGGCAGCGGGACCGGACCACUGCCAGAAAUUCACUAAGCUGCAGUGUGCCGAGCAGUGCAGCCGACGGUGCCGCGGGCCCAAACCCAGCGACUGCUGCAACGAGCACUGUGCCGCCGGCUGCUUCGGACCGCGGGCCACCGACUGCCUGGCCUGCAGGGACUUUAAUGACGACGGGACGUGUAAAGACGCUUGUCCUCCUCAGAAUCUCUACGACCCAAAGACCUACCAGGUGGUCGGCAACCCCAACGCCAAGUUCACCUUCGGGGCGACCUGUGUGAAAGCCUGCCCCCAUAACUACGUGGUGACGGACGGGUCGUGUGUUCGUACCUGCGGCGCCGGGAUGUUCGAGGUCGAGGAGGACGGAAUCCAACGCUGCAAAGCAUGUGAUGGUCCCUGUCCUAAAGUGUGUGACGGAGUCGGGGUCGGCGCUCUGACCACGACGAUGGCCGUGAACGCCUCCAACAUCGAGUCCUUCAGGAACUGCACCAAGAUCAACGGGGACGUGUCCAUCAUCGGGACAACAUUCACCGGGUGAGACGCUCCA